GAAGCAGCGGGGUGCCUGAACAUGUUGACCUUUCAUCCAGCAGAGCUGCUCUGAUAAGUGGGCAGGCCUUAUGCCUGGAGACCCACAGGCACACUUGGAUGAGUCCUACAGAAUCAGUUAAGCAAUCUCCUUCCAGAGGCCCAGAGCCUCAUUCUGAAUGUGAGCUGCGGGCCAGACGCUGGCUCCCCAGUGCCGCAAUCAUGGCCAACCAGACAAACACAUCCGCCCCAUACUAUAGCUAUGAGUAUUAUCUGGACUACCUGGACCUCAUCCCUGUGGACGAGAAGAAGCUGAAAGCCAACAAACAUGCUAUCGUCAUUGCCUUUUGGGUGAGCCUGGCUGCUUUUGUGAUGCUCCUCUUCCUCAUUCUGCUCUACAUGUCCUGGUCGGGGGCCUCGCAGAUGAGGACCGGCCCCCAGCAUCACCCAAUGUGCCCAUGGAGCCACAGCCUCAACCUCCCCUCCUGCCUCAGGAGGGCCUCCCAGGGGGCAGUAGAGACGCCAGGAAGCAGCGCUGGGGCUGACUAGUGGCUACAGCAUAGGAGUCCUCCUGCCCCACCCCUGCUUCCCACAGUUCCCCUCUGGGAACAGGACCUGGACGGGGGCCCCCGUGACAUCAGGAGCAAGCACAGUGAGCCUGGAGACAGAACCUCUCAAUUAACCACUCCUGGUCGGGUGGACAGGUAAAGCCAAACCAACCUGGACAUACAUGUUGCCUUUUCAAAGCCUGUUUCUGUAGCAGAAAGUGACCAGGUCAACAACUCUGUGAGGUGGCGCAUCCCGAGCCAUUGUUAAAGGCUUGCAGGCGGCCGCGCUUGCAUAGAGAACUGCUUCCAGACAUGGCUGAUUUUAUCUCGCACGUUUAACCUGCUCACUCACUUCUUACGCUGGCCUUGAGAAGAGUAGGAAAAUAAAAUAUAUAUGAAUUAAAAGUACUUACUGA